AGAUCCUGGGGAGCGUGCCGGGUGACUAGGAGGAGGAAGAGGAGGAAGAAGAAGAGAGAGGAGGAGGAGGAGAAGGAGGAGAAGAAGGAGGAGGAGGAGGAGGAGGAGGAGGAGGAGGAAGAGGAAGAAGAAGAAAGUGGCAGCAGCUAGCAGAAAAGCAAGCCGGGGGCGAGGCGGGCGAGUGAGCCAGGCCAGGCAGGAGCACAGGGGGGCUCGGACCAUCGCUUCUGCCUCCCCCAACUCCCCCCCCCCCAGCCCUCCGAACGCCCGCCCCGUCCCCUCCCCUCCACCCAGCUCUGGUCUCAGCCAACGCCUCUUGCAGUGCGGCGGAGGCAGCGGCGGAGGCGGCGGCGGCGACGCCCGGAGCUGCCCUUUCCUCUUCGGUGAAGUUUGUGCAAAGCGUCGGGGACCUCGGAGGAAGCGAGCAAAGUGCUGGGGCGGGAGGACCGGCGUCAGGUUCGGUGCUUCCCCCCCCCCCAUCCCCCUCAGCCGCCACCUCCUCCUCCUCCCCUUCCUCCUCCUCCUCCUCCUCCCAGCCGCGAGCGCCCCGUCACCUCUGCUGGCGGCGGCCCCCAGCCCGAGUUUGUGGAGAGGUAACUCCCUUUGGCUGCGAUAGAGGAGCGAGAGAAGGAAGGAAAGGAGGAAAGGAGGGAGGAAGCAGGAGGAGGGAGGCAGACAGACAGCGUCGGCUGCGCAGACCGAGCCGGAGCCCAAGCCCGAGCCCGAGGGAGCCGUCACUGCGAGCCCAGCCCGGGGACCCAGCCCGGGACCUGGCCAGCCAGCCGGCUGGCGGGCCGGCGCAGGGUGCAGGGCGGGCUCCCUCCCGCUCUCCACCCCUCUCCCAGUGCCUACCCCCCGCUCCCCCCUCCCCCUCCUAGCGUCCCCCGGCCUUGCCUCCUCCCUCUGCCCCUUCACCCUGGGAGCUCGAGGCCAGAGAUCAAAAGAUGAGCCAGCAGCCGCGGCUCGCCCCAGUAGCGUAGAGAGCCAGCUCCCGCUGGCACCUGCUUCCGUGGGCGCAGACCUUGCCAGGCGCCGAGGGGGGGGCUCGGGACUUUUUUUCGGGGGGGUGCCUGCGUGUGCAGGGGAGGGGGCGUGUUUUUGUUUUGCCUCUUCAAUAAUUGAGCAUCUCUCGCCUACAACCGAGUGCCCAGGGACUGUCAGCUGAAGAGGGCAGACUCGGUUGUCCCCCGCGUGCCCCUGGGGGGAAGAAACUCACCGACAACAGACACAUUCACAGACAGACCGACACACACACACUCACACAGCCAGAGCUAUUUCUGGCCGCCGUGCGGGCUCCGCACCAGACUUUGUCGGGUUCGUGCCUGGUGGUUUCUGCAAGUUUCCUCCCCUGAAGCUUCCCGCAGGUGGGCAGUAGUCGCCGCAGCCGCCGCAGCGGCGCCCGCUGAACUCUUCGAACAGAGGCAGCUCCCGGGUAGCCGGCCUGGGCCGGAGCGAAGGACCGACGAAAGAGUCUCGGAGCAGCGCAGAUCAUGGAGGUGCAGCUGGGCUUGGGGAGAGUCUAUCCCCGGCCACCGGCCAAGACCUUUCGGGGAGCGUUCCAGAACCUGUUCCAGAGCGUGCGCGAAGUGAUCCAGAACCCGGGCGUCCGGCACCCCGGCGCAGCCGGGGGCGCAGCACCCCCAGGCGCCCGCCUGCAGCACCAGCAGCAGCAGCAGCAGCAGGUGCCCCAACAGCCUCAGCAACAGCAGAGCAGCCCCCGGCAGCCGCAGGCAUCCGUACAGCCCCAACAGGCGCCCGACGAUGGCUCGCCCCCGGCCCCGAACCGAGGCCCCGCCGGCUACUUGGCUCUGGAAGACGACUCUCAGCCGCAGCCUUCACAGGCACAGCCUCCGGCCGAGGGCUGCCCAGAGAACGGCUGCGUCCCGGAGCCUGGCCCUCCCGCAGCCGGCGGCAAGGGGCUGCAGCAGACGGCGGUGGCAGUGGCAGCUCCGGACGACGAUGACUCAGCUGCCCCGUCCACACUGUCCCUGCUGGGCCCCAGCUUCCCGGGCUUGAGCGGCUGCUCCACCGACCUGAAGGACAUCCUGGCGGAGGCCGGCACCAUGCAGCUCUUGCAGCAGCAACAGCAGCAUCACCACCACCAGCAGCACCAGCACCAGCAGCAGCAGCAGCAGGAAGCCGCGGUGGUGGCUGAUGGAGGCGGCGGCCGGGCACGGGAAGGAGCCGGGGGCUCCGCCUCCUCCAAAGACAACUACCUGGGGGGCACCUCGACCAUCUCGGACAGCGCCAAGGAGCUGUGCAAGGCCGUGUCCGUGUCCAUGGGCUUGGGCGUGGAAGCACUCGAGCAUCUGAGUCCCAGCGAGCAGCUGCGCGGGGACUGCAUGUAUGCCCAGCUGCUGGGGGGUCCCGCAGCGGCGGCGCGCCCGGCGCCCUCCUGUGCCCCCCUGACCGACUGCAAGGGCUCGCUGCUGGACGACGCCUCGGCCAAGGGCGCCGACGAAGCCGCCGACUACCCCGCCUUCAAGGGUGGCUACGCCAAGGCGCUGGACGGGGACGGCCUGGGCUGCUGCGGGGGCAGCGGUGGAGGAGGUGGCGGCGAGGCUGCGGCGGCCGGACAACUCGAGAUGCCGUCUGCCCUGGCCCUCUACAAAGCCGGCUCCCUGGACGAGGCGGCCGCCUACCAGAGCCGAGACUACUACAACUUCCAGCUGGCCCUGGCCGGGCCGCCCCCACCACCCCCGCCUCCCCACCCGCACGCCCGCAUCAAGCUGGAGAACCCCCUGGACUACGGGAGCGCCUGGGCCGCGGCUGCUGCUCAGUGCCGCUACGGGGACCUGGCCAGUCUGGCCCAUGGAGGAGGCGCCGCGGCGGCCGCGGCCGCUGCGGCUGCAGCCGCGGCCGCCGCGGGCCCGGGCUCGGGCUCACCGUCCGCCGCCGCUGCCGCCGCCGCCGCUGCCGCCGCCGCCUCAUCUUCCUCCUCAUCGUCUUCAUCUUCCUCCUCCUGGCACACGCUCUUCGCCUCGGAGGAGGGCCAGCUGUACGGGCCGUGCGCUGGAGCCUCGGCGGCCGGCGAGGCGGCCCCCGUGGCCCCCUACGGCUACCGGGGGGCCCAGGGGCUGCCGGGCCAGGAGGCCGACUACCCUCCGCCCGAGGUGUGGUACCCUGGCGGCGUGGUGAGCAGGGUGCCCUAUCCGGGCCCGGGCUGUGUCAAGAGCGAGCUGGGUCCUUGGAUGGAGGGCUACUCGGGGGCCUACGGAGACAUGCGAUUGGAUGCUGCCAGGGACCAUGUGUUGCCCAUCGACUAUUACUUUCCACCACAAAAGACCUGCCUGAUCUGUGGCGACGAAGCUUCCGGCUGUCACUAUGGGGCACUCACCUGCGGCAGCUGCAAAGUCUUCUUCAAGAGAGCAGCAGAAGGGAAACAGAAGUACCUGUGUGCCAGCAGGAAUGAUUGCACCAUCGAUAAAUUCAGAAGGAAAAAUUGCCCAUCGUGCCGGCUCCGAAAGUGCUAUGAAGCGGGGAUGACCCUUGGAGCCCGGAAGCUGAAGAAACUUGGGAACUUAAAGCUGCAGGAGGAAGGCGAGCCCUCCAGCUCCACCAGCCCCAAUGAGGACCAGGGGCAAAAGCUCACUGUGUCCCACAUUGAAGGCUACGAAUGCCAGCCUAUUUUUCUGAAUGUCCUGGAGGCCAUUGAACCUGGCGUGGUGUGCGCCGGUCAUGACAACAACCAGCCUGACUCCUUUGCUGCUCUGCUCUCCAGCCUGAACGAGCUAGGAGAGAGGCAGCUGGUGCAUGUGGUCAAGUGGGCCAAGGCCCUGCCUGGGUUCCGGAACCUGCACGUAGAUGACCAGAUGGCUGUCAUUCAGUACUCCUGGAUGGGACUGAUGGUGUUCGCCAUGGGCUGGAGAUCUUUCACCAAUGUUAAUUCCAGGAUGCUUUACUUUGCCCCUGACCUGGUGUUUAAUGAAUACCGGAUGCACAAGUCAAGGAUGUACAGCCAGUGUGUGCGGAUGAGACAUCUCUCCCAGGAGUUUGGCUGGCUCCAGAUCACACCACAAGAAUUUCUCUGCAUGAAGGCCCUGCUACUCUUCAGUAUUAUUCCAGUGGAUGGACUGAAGAAUCAGAAAUUUUUUGAUGAACUUCGAAUGAAUUACAUCAAAGAACUUGAUCGGAUCAUUGCCUGCAAGAGAAAGAACCCGACCUCUUGCUCCCGACGCUUUUAUCAACUCACCAAACUCCUGGAUUCUGUGCAGCCUAUUGCCAGAGAACUGCACCAGUUCACCUUUGACCUGCUAAUCAAAUCACACAUGGUGAGCGUAGACUUUCCCGAGAUGAUGGCUGAGAUCAUCUCCGUACAAGUGCCCAAGAUCCUUUCCGGAAAAGUCAAGCCCAUCUAUUUCCACACACAGUGAAGCUUUGCAAAGCCCCUUCUUCCUCUGCACCCCCUUUUUCUGCCAUCUUCUGCCUGUUGUGAUUCUGCACUACUGUUCUGCAGUGCCUUGGGAAAUUCCCUCUAUUGAUGUACAGUAUGUCCUGGAGAUCGUCCUAACUCCUUACUACCUUCUAAAUUUCUCUUCCCUUCUACCCCUACCUUCCUUACCACUAUCCAUCCUCUCUCCCACAGCCUCUUCUUUGCUUCACUUCCUCGAACUCCUUAGCACCUUCUGACUCUGUCCAGUCUGAAUGGUGCAAUAUCUCUUUGAAUAUGUGCAGGCCCAGGCCAGUCAUGUCUUUUGGAUGGCCACAUGGCCAUUUUUUCACCCAACACCAUGACAAGUCUUGAGCAUUUAAGGGAAUGGGAAAACAAACAAACCCUGUCCCUUAAAAGACAAACACACAGACACCCACACACAAACCAACAACCCCAAGUAUUUCCCAGGGUAUGUGUGGGUGUAUGUGUGUGCUAGCUCCACUGGAAUACCAGUGGCCUUCAGGAGAUUCUCAAAAUGAGGGACUGCAGUUGAGGCCUGCCCCCCCCCUUAACACACAUGCAUGUGUGUGUGCGUACCCAUACAUACAGCUUUGGCCUUUGGAUGAUCAGAAAAGCCCACUGCAGUGCUCUUCAUGGUACUGACAAUCUGCUUUUUGUCUGAAACUGCUCCAAUAUCUCGUCUGUUCUUUGCAUGUGUUGUGCAGUCCCCUCUCCAAGUCUUCCUUUGACCCCUUCCCACCUGCCUUCCCUUUCCCCUACCACCCCAGCCCUCAGGAGAGGAGACCAUUCCACACUGGCUUUCAGCAGCUACUGAGAGCUUUGGACAUUCCCUCAUGCUAAGACUCUAGCCUGAGCAGGUACGGAAGAGGGCGAAACAAGGUUAGCCCAGUGGGAGCCUUUCUAUUCUCCAGCUCUGCCUUGCCUUAGUUGGGCCAAGAACAAACUGUGGGCUAUCCUGGAGGACAGGAAAUGAGGCCAGCCAGCUGCUGAGACCAGGGUAAACAUAGGUGCCACUGGGUGCCGCCCCCAACCCUGCUCAAGGCUUAUUACCCACCCAUGUUCUCCUGUCUCCUCCAAAGACCCAUCAAAGUUCUCCACCUCACCGAGGCCCCAGGACCCCCACCCCCUUUCUUUCUCCCCUGAGUCUGGUCACCAGGCUCCACUUUGCCUAUGGGAUGUGACUUACUCCCAGCCUCAGCAUCUCUACCCAGACUCUCUGAUGAGAGUUCCACCCAAGAAGGCCAACAGGCUUCGAGCACUCUCUCUACCUGCCCUGAGGCCUCGGGGCUCCUGACAAUGGCUGAUUUGGCACCAACAGUCUCCGAUCCAGAGCAUUUUCGAUAAACCAGAAAGAGUUAUGAGGGUCCCGAGCCAAGCCGCUGGGACUGGCCCUCAGCAGGCAACAUGGAUGCCUGACCUGACUCUUUACCGAAAAAAGGCAGGGAGGCUGGUGAAUAAGCUCAUCUCCCCACAGAAGAAAAGAUCCUGUGGUCCAGAGGGCUUUGUGAACUGAAGGAAAUACCCCCCUGGCCCUUUGGAAUAAAUUCAGCAAGUGACCAGGGCACAAUCUGAGAGCAAGAAGUGGAUAUGCCAGGACCAAGACCACUGCUGGAAACCACGGCCGAUGGCAGCCCCUUCAACCAGGAUCAUCGCUCACAGUCUGCAGCCAAAGAGAACACGGCAACGAGGAGCUGCUCUUCAGGCUGAGCCGACCAGGGAGAAUGCUAAAUCCAGGAAGGCUAAUACCCUGGCCAGAGACUCACUGCCUGUGGAGCCUCCUUCUCACUCGCCAGGCCUGAGGGAGAUGUGGGGAGCUCUCCUUCUAAGGACCGACUCUUAUUUCAUUCUGCUUAUCUGUGGUUAGCUGGAGCCAUUAAGGCUUCCUGUGAAACCAGUGCCUCUUUGGAAAAGGGGGUCCCUGCAGCGACCUCGGAGUUCCUAGCUGGGACGGUGCCCUUGAGAGGACCCCCUCCCCAAAUCUGAUGACUUUUGUGUAUCCCCAACCCUGUACCCCGCAAGGCCUUAUUGCUACAGGGGAGCUUUGCCCACCUCCCCUUCUGAGCCCCUGUUGCUUUUUCCAUCUGUUAAAGUUCAAGAUGUGGGAACCAUCCAACCGCCAGCCUUGAUGGACCUAUGAUUUCAUUUAUGGAGAAGAUGCCCCCCCACUUGAACCAGCAAAGGCGUUCUGUCCUGAUUUCUGAAGUUUUCUCUAUAGCUCAUCCAACUCACAGAAUGACUUCUUGAAAUACCGAGAGGGAAGGGAGCCCGAGAUUCGAGUUGGGAUACUUUAGCAAGUCCAGCUGGGAGAAUGGAAGCCGAUGGGCUCCCUUUCUGUGGGAGAACAGACAAGUCCCAGUUUUCUUUCUCACAGUAACAUCUGGUUUAUGUGAACCCACAGCAUCAUUCUUAGCUGUUUUUAAUAGAACCCCUGCCCCCCAAAAGAGUAACCCCCCCCUCUCUUCGGUUAAGCUAGGUUCCAUUCCUUUGCAUCUGUUCCCAGAAGGGUCUUCCUCUUUUGUGGUACAUGGCUUUGAUGAUUUCUUUCCUUGUAAAUAUAGACAGACGGCCCUCGUCAUUUCUGAGUACCAACUUUUUCAUCUUUGUGGAUUUCCUGAUGCAAUCUUGUCUACGUGAAUAUAUAUAGCCUCACUCACACACCUAUAUAUCUAUAUAGCUCUAUCUAGCGAUCAUUUUUAAAAGCCAAAAAUACAAGAAAUAGCAGUAGAAUUAACAAGCAGCCACAACUGGACGGCUCCGACUUGAGGAAUGACCAGUCCAGUUGGAGUAAAGCCGUGCAUACCGAGCUUCAGCUGGGGAAUAAAGGACUCCCAAAGCUGCAGGGAAAGUCUGCUUGGGCUUCUCUGCCUCCCCAUCCUCUCCUCCUUCUCCCUAGGGUCAAGGCGGAUGGGUGAGUUGGGGGUGAAGGGAGGGAGUUUGGGGGUCCUCGUCAGAGUUUCGAUAAUUAUCUUUGGGAACCGCAGACUUCCAUUUUGCAUGUGCUUUACGUGACACAAAGCUGAGGGCUGGCAUGCCCACUAGGGGCUGGAGCCUACUUCAGGUGUUGAGGGGCAGGAAUCUGUGCAGCCAGCCUCAACCUCCUCUGUGGCACCUCCCUGCCAAGCAGAGACCCCCUAAGAGGGAGCCAGGGGGUGCACAUGGAAGGGCAGAGAAGAAAGGACUGCCCAGGAAAGACAAGGGGCAUCUGCUGAAGCUGUGCAUUUUGGCCAAUGUGGCAAACUCAAUUUGCGGCAAGACAGAUGCUCUUUCCUGUCUGAGCCAUUGUCCGCAUGGUGCCCAAACAUGAUGCCAGGCUGGCCUGUGAUCUGGGGUAGGGCUCAGCCUUUUGACCAGAAGGCUUUUCUGUGCCCUCCAGAAGGCAGCAACACUUGGAAUAGCUCAGUUGUUUUUUCUUUCUUUCUUUUGAAAAUUACCUUACUCUGAGAAAAGAGUUUGUGAAGGGUCCUGUCAUGUAUCAGCAGUGCAUAUAUCUUUUCAAUAUGUUCGCUGGGAUUCAAAAAAGAAAAGAUCGCCAACUUGCCCAUUCGGUGGUUGCAGACGUAACCAUCAGGCUUGAGAAAACGUUAUCUUGCUGAUGCUGCCCUGGCUCUCCCUCUGUCCAUCCAGGCACACAGAUAUGCAGAGGCUUCUGGGCCUUCUGAGGCAAGAACUAUCCUCAGCCCACAUGGACGUGACAUGAGUCAAAUAGCCUUAAUUUGAGUUGGUCCAGCUCCCAGAGCUGAUCCGCCAAGCAGCCCCCAGGCAGACACUGUCUUAGCCUCCUAAUUCUGCUCAAGCCUGAUGGCCCCCCAAGGUCCUGGUCCCCUCCUACUGUCUUUUCCUGAGCCCUGGAACUCUGUUGUCACCGUCCAUGUUCCUAAUUAUUCUCUCCAUCUGUCUCCCUCCUUUUCCCUCUAUCUUUCCUCCCCUUGUCUUUCUUCCCUCCCUUCCUCUCCUCUCCAUCUCCCUCCCUCUGAAUGCUUUCCCUUGCACCCUGCAACCCCACCCUCAUUCCCCAUGUGACCCAGCACCCUACAUCCCUACUUCAGAAGAGAGGCUUAUGUCCUCCAUGCCAUGGGCUCCCUCUAGGUGAGAGGGCCCUUGGCCCAGUUGGGUUCCCACCCAGUCCCAUUCCAUGGCCAGCAGGGGGUGGGAAGAGUGGAGGGAGAGGGGCACCCAGGAAUGUUCCAGUGCAGUCUGAGAGCCCAAGCUGGGUAUCCACCAUACUCACCAAAUAUGUGUGGUUUCUCAUCAUUGGCCUUUUACGGGUCACUUGAGUUGCUAUUGAUCUCUAAGAGAGUUUCAAGCAGGAGAGAACAAGAGAGAUGAAUGCACCAUUCUAUGUAACCAAAGACAACAAAUGUAUUUGCUAAGAUACCAAAAUUGUUCAAAGAAGGGAGAGAGAGAGAGAGAGAGAGAAAGAGAGAGAGAGAGAGAGAGAGAGAGAGAGAAGGAAGAGUGGCUACUCUUUAGUAAGGCAGUCAGAGUCAAAAGAACUUGACUCAUUUACAAGAUAUUUUUUCUUUCACAAUUUACACAUUUAGAGAAGUUGAAUAUAAUUUGGAGGGGGAAAAAACUGGGUUUCUGGGUCCUUUGAUGUGUGAUUUUUUUAUUAGCAGAAUUAGCUUUUAUUUUUCCUAUAGUAACUGCUGAGCAAAUCCCCAAAGCUCCAUUGUUGCAUGUUGGGAAAUGGAGCUGGGUUUGGCUUUUGCAUCUGCUGGCAUCAGUGUCUAGCAUAGUUAAGAGAUGUGAAGCCCUAGCUGAGAAAAGGGUGCAUUUAUAAAGGACAAGAUUUGCACUAGACGGACAGACGGCAGGCAGAAUUUCCUAUUUCUGCCCACUGAGAUGGCGCACCGAAUUCUCUGCAGUUUGCCGCAGAGGGUUGAAAUAUAUUGUAAAUGAGUAUUUGUAUCCAUGUUGCGAAAUCAAACUUUAUAUAUAGAUAUAAUGUGUUCUGCGCCUUUUGCCUUUUGCUUCACCUUCGUGUUUGGUUCCAGGUAAUAUCUGAUGCUGUUUAUUAGCAAGAGAGCUGGGCCUUGGCCUUUGAAGCCCUCUCAGGGUGGAGAGGAUGCAUAGCCAGUUGGUUGGGCCUGGCCCAGAGGUUCAGGGAGGCCAAUGGAGAAAGGAAGGAAGGAGGGAGGGGGAGAACAGAGUCCUUACCACACCUUGUUGACCCAUGCAUGUGGAACAGGAUGUGGUGCAGACUCAUUGAAGCUUCAGGGAGACAUGGCGGGGAUCUAGGGAGAGGAGAGGGGUCAGAGGAGCCCGGUCCUCCCUGAAUCAGGCCAGCCCCAGCCUCUGCCCAAGUGGGGAUGGGGAGAGAAGGGAUCAGGAAGGAGGAUAGGGAGAGAGCCAUGGUGUCCCUUGGCCUACUGAUGCCACCAGCCCAAUGGAGUAAGGGGGCAGGAGUGGUUUCCAUCUUGCAAACAGUGAACUCAAACGCCGUCAAGUUUCUCUUGCUAUAAUAUGGGGUGUCUUGUGCUCUUAAUUCUGGUUUUGGAGACUUUCUGUAAAGAUUAUGGCAAAUGAAAUUGUGUUUUCUCUGUUAAACUGUCUCUGUAAUAAAGUUUCGUUUCUGUAGGUGGAAGGGCCUCCUCUGCCUACAGGGAUUUUCACUUGUGUUAAUUAAAAUGUAAGAGUUCUUGCUGGGGUCUGUUGCCCAGAUUCUCUCAACCCACCACCAUUUCUAGAGGAAGGAGGAAUAAUUCCCCAUCAGUCAUUUGUCUCAAGGUCCUUGUUCUGGUCACGAGAACAACAGACCAAUCAGGAUUCCCCAGAGGGAGAUGGUAGACGACUUCAUCAUUUGCUAGGCCGAAUUUCCCAGAGAAUGGCAGAGUCGUUUAUUGAUGAUUGUUUUUCCCCACUCACACAAUUUGAUCGAAGGAGUAAAUGAAUUAUCACGCAUGCCUUGGUUGGUCCCCAGUUUGGGUGAAAGGGGAGGCCAGUUCCAGCCCGGCUUCCCUCUGGAUUUAGUAUUCAUGCAGCCCAUCAAAGGCUGGAAUACUCCAUCCCUCUCUAUUGCCCCCCAACACCCCCCCCCAGAAAAAGGAAGGUAACAAACCUUUUUCUGGAGAUACAGGAAUAAGUAAGAGAGUAAACUUCUGGGCCCCCAAACUGACUGCUAUCCCCACCCUCAGCCCCCUUAAAAAAACCAAACCCAAACACUGAUCCUGCAUGCUAACUGCCCUGCAGAGCAGUGCCCCUGCGGCCUUCCUGUCUGGCCCAUAACACACUCGAUCCCCCCAAAGGUCCAUGUUUGGGUGUCACCAUUUGGAAUCUCCCUGCCAAUCCCUAGAAUGGAGCGUUGGGCGUGCCCUGAGAAUCCUGGGUUUGAAUUUGAUUGGGGGUGGGGGGAAGAGAGGGGAAUAAUCUACUGAAUUAAGAAUGUCUCUUGUCAAAAAUGACUUUGGGGAAAUGGGGGAUUGGAGGUGGGGAAGGGAAUAGAAAUGGAUUGAUUUUGCUUUGAAAAAUCUUCUUCUGAUGGGGGCCUCGGUUUCCACAAAGGUCUUCCCUGGGCCUCUCCAGGCAGUAGGGUCAGCCCCCAGCACUCUAGUGUUCAGUUCUCUUUUCUAAUCUUGGAAUAUUUUGUUGCUCUGAAUACAAUAAAAAAUUAAAAAAAUA